AUGUCUUUAAUCGUAUUUUUUGUUUUCGGAACAUUUUUAAGUUCAAUUUACGCGGGAAAAAUCGCGAAUUCAAUUGCACUAGAUUUAUUAACAAGUUACGGUACCGCUAUUCUUGAACGAAAUCAAACGAAGCUUUUUGAAGUUCUCAGCAAAGAUUACAAAUUCUAUCAUUGCGAAAAAAAUGCGAAAAGCUUGAAUAGAGAUGAUAUUUGGAAAACUGUAGAAUUUAUGCCAAAUCUUGCGACUGUUUUAAGUAGAAGAGAAUUAAUUGAUACUGGAUUGUCUAAUGAAAAUAAGACACUUGCAAUUGUUGUGAAUCUUGGAAAUUUCACAGAAACCAUGUUAGAAGCUCAUUUGAGAAAUGGUAAAUUUGUAAUCAUUUUCGAGCAAGAAAAUAAAUGCAAAUCUUACGAGAAAUUCAAAACAACUUAUAUGAUUGAUUACAAAAAAAGUGCAACUAAAACUUCUGAAAACUUACUGGGCCAAUUAUUUGAAUCUGCAAAAUUGUGUGAUCGUAAUAUAACUAGACAUACACUUAUGAUACCAUUCUAUAUUUUUUAUUACAAUAAGAAUAAUAGUUUGAACGAAAAAGCAGAUGAAUUGGAAUUUGUGAAAUUAGGAGCAUUAAAUAUGGUUGUGCCACGUACUUUUUUCAAUGAAAGUUUUGAAGUCACUCCAGUUGAUGUUAUUUAUUCAAAUAUUUAUGAAAAUGGGUCAGUGAUUUUUGAAGCAGAAGGAAUAGAUUUCCAAAGAAUUCGAAAAUUAUGUUAG